GUCCACAUUUUCCAGAUGAUGUCCGGCUGUGAUUGGGAUGAUGAGACUGGUGAGGUCAAAGGUUAUAAACACUAUGGUUUUGAUGGAGAAGACUUCCUGAUACUGGACCUGGAGACAGAGUCAUGGAUCGCUCCAAAACCAGAGGCUGUCUUCACCAAACAGAGGUUGAAUAAGGACAAAGCUUUGAUGGCAUUCAACAAGUACAUAUACACCCAGGAGUGUCCUGAAUAUCUGAAGAAGUAUGUGAACCUGGGGAGGAGCUCUCUGAUGAGAACAGAGAUCCCCUCAGUGUCUCUGCUCCAGAAGUCCCCCUCCUCUCCAGUCAGCUGCCAUGCUACAGGUUUCUACCCGGACAGAGCCAUCAUGUUCUGGACCAGAGACGGAGAGGAGCUUCACGACAACGUGGACCACGGAGAGAUCCUGCCCAACCACGACGGAUCCUUCCAGAUGAGCGUGGACCUGGACGUCUCCUCAUUCCCCGCUGAACACUGGGACAAGUUCCGAUGUGUGUUCCAGCUCUCUGGGGUGAAGGAGGACCACAUCAUCGUACUGGACCCAGCUGUGAUCAGGACCAACAGAGGGAAUCCCCUCCUCCUCCCCCUCAUCAUCGGUGCUGCAGUGGCUGCUCUCGCUCUCCUCCUCGCUGGGAUUGGAUUCCUGGUUUACAGGAAGAGGAACGCCAAUAAAAACACUCCCUCUCCUGCCUCCAGCGCUGAGCUCACUGAGAGACUGAACCAGCCACCACAGUGAGGUGCUUCACAUCAACUCUCCACCUGUUGUUACAGAGCUGCCCUCUUUAUUAAUAAUAAUAAUAAUAACUUGAAUUUAUAUAGCGCCUUUCAUAACCUCAAGGUCACUUAUUAUUAUUAGGGCUGUUCAAAUGAAUUGUUUCUUUGAUGCAUUGAGAUGCGGACGUGGACGAUUCUGCAUCGAUGCAGAGACAGAACAUAAUCGAUUAUAGCGUAGUGAUGUUGCUUCUGGAUUUUCCGUUAAUUCACAGCAGAGUUUAUUCUCCCGUUAACUCACGGCAGCUGGAAAGUAUUCUCUGUCUGA